AAGCUAGAUAUCCUUCGCUGCACAAAUGACUGUGGCCAGCAGGAAGAAUUUAAUAACACCACCCAUGCAAUAAAGACGGCUCGACUAGGACCGUUAAAGAUCCAUUCCUUUCCAUCCGAACUCCAUAAAUGUAUCAUUUGCUAG